AGUCGUCUGCUAGACCCCACCCACUUUUACGACACAUUUUAAUCACAAGACUGCGUUUAAAACAGUCAUCAUUUCAACUUAAUUAUUAGCCACACGUGUGUAUGGUUGGAGACAAUGUUUUAGAUAAAAUAUCGAUGGAAUUUUAUUGUAGCUAAAAAUACGAAUAAUUUUAGACGGAUAUACAAUGUUGAAUCAACGAAUUAGGAAUUUUCUUACAUUGACUGGUGUAGCCCUGCUCACUGUUAUAUUAAGUGUAAUUUGGAUUAAACAAAGCUGCAACGAUUAUGAAAACAAGCCUAGAGCCACAAUACAACUUGAAAAUUCCAGCGAUCAUGUUCUUAAAGUGUUAAAAAUGACUGUAGAUUUAAAAAACCAUCAAGAGUUUAAAAAGUUUGAAAUGGUUAGAGAUAUACUAAAGGGUCCUCACAUUAAGCAGUCUAUACCAGGAGAGAUCCCUACAACAGCACAUUAUGUUUGGUGCGGGGAUAAAAUCUUCACAUUUAGAGAAUACUUGGGGGUGCUGAGCAUCGUCAAAGUUUUUGAACCGUUGAGAAUAUUCUUCUACUAUAACAGCCUUCCUAAGACAGAUGGAAGUUUUUAUCAUUCUUGGUUCCCAGAAUUAAAACAGUCUUUGGCUAAUUUGAUUUUUAGGAAAAUUAACAGACCAAUUCAAUGCAACACAAUGGACGCCGUGGACGUUGCUCUGGAACAAAUGGCAUCAAACAAAGUUGGGGGUUUCUAUGUAGGUGAGAGGGCCGUGUUGACGCAUGUCCCUGACACAUGGAAGACUGGGAAAUAUUUCACGUAUCAAAAACAGGGUAGUUCUAGCAGUGAAGAUAUGAUAGUGUUUGUCAAUGUCAAACAAGGAAUUGAUGGGAAAAAUGAAUCUGAUAUCAAACUAUUUAAAAAUAGUGUCUUAAACCAAACGAUCGAAUGCUACACUCCCGAGCAGUUUGAUAACGAGGGUCAAAGUUCAGAUAAUGUCGGUACCAUGACGUCACCGUGUGUUGUGUUACCGACUCCAAUAUUUCCAGAGAACAUCUUAAACAGCUCGUCUCCACAAAACGCCUUUUUGAGAUGGCUGUGUUACAGUGAUACACAACAAACUAUAGACACGCCUGAGUUGGUUCCACUCAUCAAUCACGUGAUCUACCUCAAUAAAAAUCCUGGGCAACCGAUCGUUUGGAGCUUCGAGAAUUACGUCAACAUCAUUUCUUCCUUAUAUUUAGGCGGUUUUGAAAGAGUGUACGUACACGGUGACACAGAGCCGUCAGGUAAAUUUUGGGACAGGUUGAAAAGCGAAAACGUCACGUUUGUUUAUGUUGACCAGCCUUACUCCGUGUUUCAACAAGAUAUAAAUGUCAUGGAGCACAAGUCAGAUAUACUCAGAGUACAGAUUCUCUACAAAUAUGGGGGGACAUACAAUGACAAUGACGUGAUCUGGGUGAAGCCGCUGUCUGAAGACCAGAGACGUCACCCAGUGCUGGGGAGCUACGACUGGCAACAACGAGACGUGUGGCCCAGGACCAUCAACAAUGGGCUGAUCGUGGCCAGGCCUAAAGCUUUAUUCUUGUCAAAAAUGCUCGAGACUUUCAAGUAUUUUCGUGACGACCUUUGGGCACUGAACUCAUGUUACAUGUAUUACAAGAUCUACGAAAAAUAUCCAGAAAGUUUUCACAUUGACAACAGACUACAGGUUGGAUGUUUUAAGGGCAUAUGCCACCCUGCAUGGCACGACGAUUUUCAGCGGGUCAUUGGCGAUCUACGGCCAACUACCCGUGUCAAUAUACAGGAGGCUAAUGCUUUUCACAUAUUUGAACGCAAGCCGGGCGUAACAUUUAACUCGUUCUCCCAACACCAGAACAAAACCAGCAUCGAUGCCAUCCUAGUCAAGAACGUCAUGGCCGCAAUUAGGAAGGCUGGGAAGGCCCACUUAGUGGAAGACUGAAAACUUAUAAAGCCAACUGUUCUCUGUUGUUGUUAUAAUGCGAAUAUUGUUAUGCAAGAAAAGAUAAGACGCUGUGAUUUGGUUGGGAAUUGCUUGGUCGCUGGCUUAAAAAUCCAGAAUUCAAACACCCGGCCAGAUACGGUUCGUUAAGUAGGGACAGCAACCUAUCCAGGGGAGAAACUCCGAAACAUAACAGGAGUUGAGCCUCUUAUGGAACAGGAUCACAAACUCAAGACUCAUUUGGGCAGCUCUGCAACACCGCUGAUGCCAAAUUGUAUAAGCAGCGCCUCCCUCUUUAGCCAAUCAGAUGUGUCGACUGAUACUUAGACAAAAUCUUGCUCUCCUAAAUCAGCUGCCCAAGCUCUGUGCCUAGGUUUCUAAAGAACAAUCAUUCCAUCAUCUGUCAGACCAGUGAGUUAUAUUUUUAACU